AUGCUCUGUUCUGCAGCUAAUGUCGGCGUCAAGUUUCCGACACCCGGAUUCCUUGGAUCCGUUCUGUCGCCCACAGUUCCCUCCACCCUCCUCUCGCUCCCCUCACUCGCUUGGUCAGCCUGCUUUCUGCCCUCGCGUAUGUACCGAACCAUCGCCGAAAUGGCCAUUGAAGGACCGUUCCGCAAGAAGCGCGCCCUAAAUAAACACAUGGACGGAAAGCCCUUUAUGAAGGCUGUCGUACUGAAAACCCUCAUCAGGAAACCAAAAAAGCCGAACAGCGCCAAUCGUAGGUGUGUCAAGGUGCGACUGAGCAACGGCCGCGAGGUAGUCGCCUACGUGCCCGGUGAAGGUCACAAUCUACAAGAACACAACAUAGUCUUGGUUCGCGGAGGUCGUUGCCAGGAUCUGAUCGGAGUUAAACACAAGAUCGUCCGCGGAAAAUUCGACUGUGCCCCGGCAACCUCUGAACUCAAAGACGGUUCGCAAAACCCUAUGCAACCGGAAGCCCUGCCUCAACCCGUGCCAGUGGCCUAUCCCAUCCGCAAGAGGCAGCGUUUUCGCACUAUACUCGCCGGCUGCCUUCUGGUCUGCUCAGGCUACUUCGGUGCGAUCUUCCUGCACGGACUCUGCAUUCCCCUGGCCUUUUUUGCGCCCUCCGCCUUCUGCCUCAUUGUCAGUGCAUGUGUACGCUUGUGGACCAAGCUAGUUGAGGUUUGUCCAUUGUCCCUGCCGCUGCCGCACUUCGUGCGC